AAUCCAUGUGUUGUUACCUCGGCAACACGAACCGAUACAUAAUUGUCUGUGAAUGUGACUACCCUGUUUUUUUGGUGCGUUUUCUUUGCUAUUGACACCAAAACCACCUCUAUAGAAUGGCAUCUUGCAUAUUCACGGUGUCACCGGACGGAACCGGUGAUUUCCAAACGGUGCAGGAAGCGAUCGACGUUGUGCCGCUCGGCAACACUCGCCGGACGGUGAUUCGGGUGUCGCCUGGAAUCUACCGGCAGCCGGUGUACGUGCCCAAGACCAAGAACUUCAUCACCCUUGCUGGUUUGAGCCGUGAGGACACUGUGCUUACAUGGAACAACACUGCCACCAAAAUCGAUCACCACCAACCCGCUAGGUUGAUAGGGACUGGGACUUUUGGUUGUGGAAGUACCAUUGUGGAAGGGGAGGACUUUAUUGCUGAGAAUAUUACUUUUGAAAAUUCUUCCCCUGAGGGUUCAGGGCAAGCAGUGGCAAUUAGAGUAACAGCAGAUCGGUGUGCCUUCUACAAUUGUAGGUUCCUCGGAUGGCAGGACACACUGUACUUACAUUACGGAAAACAAUAUUUGAAAGAUUGCUAUAUUGAAGGAAGUGUAGACUUUAUCUUUGGCAAUAGCACUGCUCUUUUGGAACACUGUCAUAUCCACUGCAAGUCUCCAGGGUUCGUAACUGCACAGGGAAGAAAAUCUUCACAGGAAACAACUGGUUAUGUAUUCUUGAGAUGUGUUAUCACAGGUAAUGGAGGAAAUUCAUAUGCAUAUCUUGGACGACCAUGGGGACCUUUUGGAAGGGUGAUCUUUGCGUACACUUAUAUGGAUCCAUGUAUAAGGCAUGUUGGCUGGGAUAACUGGGGGAAAAUUGAGAAUGAAAGAAGCGCUUGCUUUUAUGAAUACAGGUGUUUUGGACCUGGUUGCUGUCCAUCCAAACGAGUAACAUGGUCUAGAGAAUUGGUGGAUGAAGAAGCAGAUCAGUUCCUCAUGCAUCCUUUCAUUGACCCAGAACCAGAUAAACCUUGGCUUGCUCAAAGAAUGGCCUUGAGAAUUCCAUAUUCUGCUUAGAAAUUACUGAGACACUUUGUGAGAAUGUUCCAUGCAGUUAAUCACACAGCCUCCAUGCUUAAUGUCUUUUCUGUCCGCUUAUGAAAGGGUGUUAUAUUUGUGUCUCUGUUAAAUGCUUGUGAUGAACCGCAAAUAAUAAAUUUUACUUUUU